CCGGCAGCGGUGGGAGGCCCCCGAGGUCUGCCACAGGCAGCAGCCCCAGGGUAGCAGACGUCCAGCAGUGGCAUGUACAGGACCUUGGGCACGAUCCAAUCCUCCUCUGCAUCUUCUGUGAGAGAGACCUACGGAGUUCAUGGGUCCAGAGAAACCACAGAUUUCACGGAGCAGGUGGCAGACCCUUUGUUAACACGCUCUCACUCUCCUUCAGAAGAUCCUUCCCCAGCUACUGGAAGCAGCCAUGUGUCAUUCAGUAUCCUGUCAACAGAGAGAAGAACCGAUUUCCCUACCACCAGUACCUCUGUUUCCAUAACAGCCACCAAGGGUGGAGGGAGGACGUUAAGGUCUCUGCCAGCCAGCACCAGGCUGGCCGAUGCAGCAGAGAUUUCCACCACUGGUACUGAAACCAUCAGCUCUCCAGACCAUACCCGGUCCUCUUUGGGAGCCCAGGGUGGUGGCAGAGGUGCCACCGUGUCGUCCACGGACCCAUUGCUCACAGGCUCGCCGUCUGCUUUGGAAAGUGCUUCUCCAGCGGAAGGGACCUCAGCUAUGGGAGGACGCCUGCGCGAUGCUCCUCUCACCGGUACGCCCAGCUCAAUGAUAGCCACCAGCGGUGGGGAGAGGAGCCCAGUGCCCGUGUCAGACACCCACGCAGCAUCCAGCAGGGCAGGGAACUCUGCUACUGCUCUGCCCUGCACCAGCUCCUUGGACGUGGUCCUUCUGCCAUCCUCAUCAGCAACAGAGCCUGGGAGGCAGAGCGAUGUUUCGCAGAGCGGUGCCAGACUCGGUGAGCUUCCAACGAAGCCACUGCCUGCAUUUUCUCCCAGCAUUUCAGUGCCUUUGCCUUCACCAAGUGCUUCAGAGAGAGGAAGAAGAGUUUCUGGUGCUCCUACUGAGACCACGUAUGUCUCGACCACACUCUCCAGCCACAAGGAGGGAACGUCUCAGGCUGCAGCUAACCAUGGCAUGUGGAGCACAGCAGCGGAAAGCCCCACGUCUCACCCAGACAUGGCUGGGGAGCCCCGCACCAGCCCCUUCUUGUCUUCCACGGCAUGGCCUGGAACGGGACACAUCUCGUCCGGCCGAGCAGGGUACCCAGAGCCCAAGGUCACCCUUUCAUCCAGGGUCUCCACCUACUUCUCAGCUGCUGGUGAACCUUCCACCAUGAGCAACAGUCAUCACUCUCUAAGCAGCUUGAGUGCCGAGGAAAGGAUGUCCAGCCCCAUCAGUGAUCCUGCGUACAGUUCAUCCAUGUCUGCUGGCGGUGGAGAGAGGACGCUGCACUCGGUGACAGACGGCGCGCUGGCUGGUGGCACGGAGAGCUCCGCUUCCUACACCGAAACCACCAGCUCUCCAAGGCCGGCUCAGCCGGUGUCGGUGGAGCAGAGUGGGACGGCCAACGCCUCCACCAGCAGCGGGGGCUUUGCAGGAUUUGCGACAGAGACACUCUUCACACAUUCUUCCAAGAUACCCACUUACUCUUCUUUCCAAAACGAUCUCACAAGCUUUUCAAGUAGCCAUCAGCCAGUCAGUAGCAUCGAUGCUGAGAAAAGGACCUCGGUUUCUCAUACGGACGGCACAUACAUUUCAACUACAUAUACCAGAGGAGGAGAAAGGACCCUCCUGUCUAUCUCGAAUAGCAGCACCUCUGCUGACUCCUCAGAAAGUUCCACCUUUUUUUCUGAAAUUACCAACCCUUCUGAUUCAUCAAAAUCUUCUGUGGCACAAGACAGGAGAAGCAACGUAUCCAGCGAUGGCGAUUUUGUUGAACCAUCUACAGAGCCACUGCUGGUACACUCUUCCAAAUUGUUGACUUCUGCUUCUGCAGGCAGCGUACAAAAUACAACUCUCUUCAACACUGACUCUGAGCUGUUGACCACUGGCAGAUCAUCUCUAUCUUCAUCAGCAUUUCCAGCCUCUUCCUCACUGUCAUCGCUGCAUCACUCACUGUCAUCAACACCACCACCAACUUAUCUGUUUACAUCAUCAGAAUCAUCUGAGCCACUCUCGUCCUCUGUGAUGGCAUCUUCACCCCCUCUGCAGGCUUUGUCAUCCUCCUUGCCCACUUCCUCGUUGCUUUCCCCAUCUUAUUCAUUAGCAUCUUUAUUGCCUCUGUUUUCGUCACCAUCAUCCGUCUCGCAGUCCAACGAUAGUGAUCAAGCAAGCACCUCUGUACCUACAACUGUGGUCAGGCGGGUGCCCUCCACAGCCGCUGUGGCUGGGAGCUCGCCCAGAGGGACCAACAAGCACAAUGUCACGCACCAGCCCCAAAACAGCACCACCUUCACCUCCACCGGGUCUCCUCUCUCUACGGCACCCAUGGAGCAGCUUGGUGGACACAUCAUGUCCGUGUCUGCUCCUGCGACGGUAACGGAGACUGCCUCGCCAAGAGCUGCCACCAGCCAGGAGGGCAGCUUUGGGAAGGCAACGCCACUGCUCACCACAGCCAGCGAAGCCCCACGGGCUGGGCCGACGGAUGCACCCCUUAGUCCCUCACCAAGUGCAACAAACCACAGCGUCAUUGUCCCUGCGGUGGCACUGACCACGGUGAAACCUUCUGUGCUGACAACACCGGCCAGUCGCUGGCCAACCCCAGGUGAUGCUAGCACCAUGAAAGCCCACAGAGCUCAGACGCCCACUGCCACUAAGCACGUGUAUACCACUGGUGAAAGCACAGAAGCUGUGGAUCCCACCACUGCGAGGCCUGGUAAAGUCACCGAGGAAAACGUCCCUGUUACGAGUCCUUCUGAAGCCCCUCCAACCAGCAAGACCACUGUGAGCAUUGCAACUACUUUGGCUGCUGCCAAACCAACCACCGUUCCUCCACUGAGUAGCACAGCCGGGCUGAGGAUGUCGUCUCCAGCAACAGAUGUGGAUAAAUGUCUUUCCAACCCUUGUCCUGCGCUGGCCACCUGCAACAACACCCAUGGCUCCUAUAUCUGUCAGUGUCCUCUUGGAUAUGAGCUGGAAAAAGGAAAGUGCAAUUUAGUAAGAAUAUUUAUUGGCCAGGUCCCCCUGAAAGUUAACAUUACCCAUGGGAAGUACACAGAGCUCCUCCACGUCGAGGGUGAGAUCCUGGCGAUGCUCAAUGCGUCGCUGUCGGGCUUGCCGGGGUACCACCACUCCACAGUUAAGGCGACCAGGGAGGCAAAUUUUGUGCAUGUUUCAGUGCAAUCCACGUUCUCUUUAGCAUCCAACGUGACUUUCUACGACGUUGUCAGCAGCGUGAAAAGCUACAUUCGAGCUUGCAAAUACCCUACUGAAGCCUGCCAGUUCAUCUCCAGCCUGAAGCCGCUCCACAGAGUUGGCAGCUUGUGCAAGCAGAAAGACCCUGAAUGCGACAAGGAAACUUCUGAAUGCACUGACUUCGAUGGAGUCGCGCUCUGCCAGUGCAAAAGUGGGUACUUCAAAUACAACAAGAUGGACCACUCCUGCAGAGCCUGUGAAGACGGAUAUAAGCUGGAAAAUGAGUCCUGUGUGAGCUGCCCGUUUGGCUUAGGUGGAUUCAACUGUGGAAACCCAUAUCAGCUCAUCACUGUGGUGAUCGCAGCUGCAGGAGGGGGACUUCUGCUUAUCAUGGGCAUAGCACUGAUUGUCACCUGCUGCCGGUAG